AUGGGAAAACAAGAAAAGGAUAAAGAAAAUAACGAAAUUGCAGUAUCUAAAAUUUUUGAUUUGUUAAAAUCAUUUAGUGGUAAUAAAUGCAAUAUUUUGGUAUCAGAUGGCAUAGUAGUAAAUAAUUUUGAUAGUAAAAUCUUUUUGGAAUUAGAUUCGACUAAAUGGAAAUUGUUUUACUUGUCAAUUGAUCAAAAUGAUCCCAAAAAAGAAAUAUAUGAACCAAUAAGAAAAAAUACGUAUAUUACCGAAACAUGUAAAGAGAUUACUUUCGAAAAUGGCGUUAGAGGGUAUCUUAGAAAGUUAGAACCAAUUGAUGUUGGUAUAAUUGGUAGUGAUAUAAAAAUAUGCAAAGACAAAAACAUAUGUAUUGUUAAAAAUAAAAGUAUAAAACUCACUCAAACUUUUAUCGACAAGUUUGUUAAAAAACUUUGUAUUAUUUCUAAGAGCAACUCUGUUAUUAAAUCAGAAGAAAUACCCGGAGUGAUAGUAAUAUCAAAUGAACAAUCUGACAUAGGAUUUUUUCAGAAAAUUUUUAAAAGGAUUAAAAAAAUAAUCUAA